AUGAAUCUAAGUGAAAACUAUACAGUGUUUAAUAAAUAUAUAGCCAGUUCAAGUACCUUAACAGAUUUCAAUUAUGCCUCUUCAGCAGAAGAUGAUAGUUCCCAGUACUUGGGUAGUCCCAAUUCUCCUGCAGCAGCCAAUUAUACAAAUAAUAUUAACUACCUGGAUUCAUGGCCUUUAACUCCGGCCAUAACACCCAAUAAUACACCAGAUUAUUAUCAACAAAAUUAUAAUUCCAAUAACAACUCUUAUAAUGAAAAUUCCGAUUGUGCCUUAAACAAAACUACUGCAACAAAAACAAUAAAAAAAUCGAAGAAAUCCACCGACGGUGGCAAGAAAAUACAAUCACAAAUUCCCACCAAUCCACCCAGUCCCACUGUGUUAAAAAAGCGCCGACAAGCAGCCAAUGCUCGUGAACGCAAACGUAUGAAUGGUUUAAAUGAGGCAUUCGAUCGUUUAAGAGAAGUAGUACCCGCCCCCUCGCUAGAGCAAAAGCUUUCGAAAUUUGAGACUCUACAAAUGGCUCAAACAUAUAUAAUAGCUUUAAUGGAUAUGCUAGGUUCGGAUACCUCGGAUAUAAGUUACAAUAGUUUAUACUCACCCGCCAGCAACAGUAGUAUGGUCUCUUCAUCAUUUUCCACCGAUCUCAGUUUGCAGUGA